GCUGCGAGGAAACCAUCGAGGCCACCGUGCGCAAACGGAGACGUGUUUCGCGGGCUUUGUUAUGCGCAUGGACGACAGCCGCCUCCCCAAGCGCAAGCUGUUAGGAGCGAUGGCGGGGGGCGUGGGAUACCGGGGUGGGCAGGAGAGCAACUGGGUGUCUCGUCUAGGAGAGGACUUCGUGGCCUUCAACAUGGGAGACGAAAAAGGAGGGGGGAAAUGGAAAGAGAGCGCCAAGGACCCGGAGGUGUGGUACAAGAAGGUCGAGGACGGGGCGGCAUGGUUCAUGAGGAACUGGCACAUGCAGGAGGCGGAAGCGUCCGCGAAGCGCCAGCGCGCGAGGGAAGCAGAAGCAGAGAGUAUGGCCAUCUCAGGACCGAAGAGAAAGAGAGACGGAGAAGCGGCGGUGGGGGGGAAGAAACGGCGACCGGGCACUGCUGUAGAAGCGAGUAGGGCCGCCGAGGGAGCACUUGUGGCGAACUAUGUACCCGGCUGAUGUUGUUGCGCCCUGUUUCCUUCCCUGCUGAUGCUUAUAAGGAAUAUAUGAUUCCUCGGGGUAACUUGCCAUCGGGAGAAGUGGCGAGUAAGGCACCGAGGAGAUUCCUCCUUUAUGUACGUAUGUCCGUUGUAUUGCCUUCGGCCUCUGUGCUGUUUCUUUUUUUCAUGACCUCCCUGCCUACUUUGCUGUGUUGGGUACCUUGAUCUCGCUUUGCUGUUGCCUUUGUUUUUGUACGUCUGGCUGUCUGCCCAUCUGCCGCCUCUUUGUCCUGUUUGCUCUGUUUCUCCUGUUCGUGAGCCCUAGCCCUGUUAAGGGCCGGCGGACUUGGGGCUGCUGUUUAACUGUGUGUAUUAGCUCGCAUGAGAGAGGAGAGAGGGAGAAGGAGGAGAGGCCCCAAUUCUCGAGAGAACACGGGGACUCCGCACUAUCAUCCAAAGCCUCUCAGCACAUACCCUUCAAGUUGUCCCAGCUGCGUCCUACGUAACGGCUACUUUUCAACUAUCUACUUCUACGCACGAACACCCUCCCUGGUUCUUUACGCCAGUGAAGAACCUCUAGUGCGUCGAAAAUACGUUUGAAAAACCUUAACACAACGACAAACCAAAAGUAAAGGGGAAACCCGGCCACCGGAUUAAAACCCCUCAGAAAUUCAACGCCUCACGCCGAUCAUAUCACG